CCGGUGGUUCUACGUGGCACUACAUUACCCACAGUUCCGUUCGGCCGGAGCGGAACGCGCAUAACAGUGACAGCUCAGCUCCACGGGGCCGUUUCACCAACGCCGCGUUUGGUUCAGUCUACAGCUGAACGUCGUACAGGUUAACCCGUCUGCCUGCCUGCCUGCCUGCCUGCCUGCCUGUCUGUCUGUCUGUCAGUGAAACUGGUUAACCCGUCUGUCUGUCGGUGAAACGGGUUAACCCGUCUGUCUGCUCGGCUCUGCUACACAAACGAGAAACAUGGAGACGUUUCUGAGACGCUGUCGCGACGCCCUCAUGGAGAACGGGGACAGCAGCCCAGGGUUCCACGUGGUCAUGGGGAACGAGGCCUGUGACCUGGACUCCAUGGUCUCUGCACUGGCCUUUGCUUACUACCUGUCUAAGACCGUGCACAGUGAUUGGUUGCCUGUGCCAGUGUUAAAUAUCCUGAAGGAGGAGUUUGUCCUGAGGACAGACAGUGUCUUUCUGCUGAGACAGACUGGUCUCUCCCAGGACCUGCUGCUCUUCAGAGAUCAGCUGGACCUCAGAGACCUGCAGAGGUCCGGACGCCUGGCCCUCACCCUGGUUGACCACAACAUCCUGCCCAGUUCGGAUAGUGACCUGGAGGAGGCAGUGGUGGAGGUGAUUGACCACCAUCACAUGGAGAGGGAUCCCUCGCCUUCCUGCCCCGUUACCGUGGAGAUGGUGGGUUCCUGUGCAACCUUGGUAACAGAGCGGAUUGUGCAGAAGGCCCCUGAUAUCCUGGAUCAACAGUUAGCUCAGCUGCUAUAUGGCACCAUAGUGUUGGACUGUGUGAACAUGGCCCCUGAAGCAGGGAAGGUGACGCCCAAAGACAGUCAGUAUGCUGCCCUGCUGGAGAAGCAUUUCCCCAGCCUACCACCGAGAGGCGCUCUCUUCCAGUCCCUACAGAAUGCCAAGUUUGACGUGUCAGGACUGACCACAGAUCAGAUGUUGCUGAAAGACAUGAAGGCGGUAACAGGAGGAGACCUGCACCUGGCCAUCUCUGUUAUUUACAUGACCCUGGAGAAGUUCCUCCAGAGAACAGACUUGGAGCAGAAGUUGUCUGCCUUCUGUCAGAAACAUCAAUAUGACCUGCUGCUCGCUAUGACCAUCUCCUUCAAAGACAACAAGGAACCAUUCAGACAGCUAGCCGUCUACAGCCACAGUGCCCCCCACCUGGAAGAGGUGAGCCAGGCGUUGGAGCAGGCCCGUAACCCCACCCUCAAUCUGUGUCCAAUCAGCAGCCCCCAUCUUCACAUUAAGGCAUAUCACCAAGGCAACACUCUGGCCUCCCGUAAGAAGCUCCUCCCUAUUGUCAAAGACUUCCUGAGGGAGCGAGAAAGAGACGGCUGCCAUGGAGACCACGAUGAAGCGGGUUUGGAGGAGGAUUCUCAGGUCCCGCCGACUCCUAUGAACAGUCUGGUUGAGGGUUGUCCCCUUGACAAUGGGCUUCCUCCAAUCAGUGCCCAAGCCUUGGAGGAGAAGUUCAGCAAGAUGGUUGACCAGGAAGAUGGUGAAGGAGGCCACUGACAGACACUCGACCCAGCCUUCCGCAGAGCUGUAAGUCACUUGGAUGGCUAAGGCAUCGCAAUGGAGCCUGGGUGAAUCUAUCCAAAGUGUUGAAGUGAACUGGGAGGAGUCGGGACCAGUUCUCACCUGGUCCAACAACAAAACAAAGACCAUUAAAGAUCCAUAAACAACAGAGGUUCUUCAGAAGUUAAUGUCACAAUCUGCAUUUAAGAAGGUUUGUCAGAGAUUUGAAAUGGAUUGAAUUCUGUAUUUUCCAUAAUUGAAAAUGUAAAGGUUUUCUGAGACUUUUGUAAACAGACUUCUGAUUUUAAUCACAUGGUACUCAACAUGGAUGCUAUGGCAACUUGGCGGUGUGUAUUUGGCCCAGCGUUGUAGGAAAUGACAUGACCACAUCAGAGAAUAAGCUCUUGCUACCUGUACUGAUACUUCCAAGAUUCAAUUCAAUAUGGAGAAUAUUGGCUAUCAACUCCCAUCUUCUGUGCAUAGUUAAUGUAUUGCUACAGCUAAUGUCCCAUUGAUGCAGCUGGGUCACACUUCACUGAGUGACGUGGUGAAUUUGGCUAUUUUUAGAAAGCUUCAAUCAUAAUUUGUUAUGAAUUUGUCAAAAAAUCGUUGUUCAAAAAUUAAUUACUGAAAUGGAUGAGUUGAUUCAUUGACAGGUGUCUUUAGACGAUCUCAGAGCAGUCUCUCCAUCUGUGUCUCUCUGUGUUUGUCUGUCUAGCUCUCUGUCUGUCCUACACAGGCAUGAGGUGAUAUUUUUUCCCCCCAAAGCCUGGUACCAUGUCCAGUCAUUAAACAGGUAUAAUUGUCAUGUUGUAUUAAAUGAGCAAAGAAGCUUGGAUUUUGUCAGCACAGUUCGGCUUUAAAGCUGCAUUAAGUGAUUUUUGUCAGGCGGUGGUACUAUAGAAAUUCAAAACACACACUCGCAGCUAAGACUGUACUCACGACGUCUCCCUUCCUGUCUCUACGUUCGCCCAAGUGGAACAAACAACGUGCUCACCAUCCAUUUUUUUAACCCUGCUAAUGUAUGCAGAGGAUUCAAAAGUGACUCAGAUUGUUGCUCUAUUUCCUCUGGAUAUGUAAUUACGCAGUUGUUUGCAAACGUGUUAGUCCAAGAACUUGCUACCUCUCUGGGAGCACUCUUAGGUGAAAUUGCCCAUGGACCCUGUUCUCAGACCAGAUUUGUACCUUCUACGAAACAUGUGACCUUAACCAUAACCCAAACCUUAUCCUAACCUCAACUACUAGAAAACACUGCCUUACUGUAAUCCAAAAAACAAAAAACAAAAACACACAAAUGCCAACCAUAUGAAAGCGGUGUAGAAAACUGAUUUGAGACCAGUAUCCAUGCACAACUUCACCCUUGACCGCAUUCUGAACUUGUGAGUUGCCACCGUCUUAUCCAUAGCUUUAUAUAUUGGUGUGAAAAAGUAUCUGCCCCCUUACUGAUUUCCUUUAUUUUUGCAUAUUUGUCACACUUAUAUGUAGAUCUUCAUACAAAAUGUAAUGUGACGAAGAUAAUCCAAGCAAAUACAAAAUUUACUUUGUAAAUAUUUUUAUUUAUUUAAGGAAAAACAGUUUGAAAAAAAAGUAAUUGCCCCCUUAGUUACUCAAUGAACUAAUCAGCCAAAAACAUUUUUUUUGAAGGGCUGAUGCAGUCGUUUGUAUAUUAAUUUGUUUGUUAACACCAGAUAACAUGAAGCAUAGCUCAAAAGGCUGUAUUAUUAUCAUGGAGACAUAAAAACACUGGAAACCCUAUCUCUCAAAGCAACAAUAACCUAAAUCACUGUUCUAACAGAAAGCUUAGUGUUGCCUUUUAUAAAAUCUCGUGCUUAGAUCAGCAUGAAGUAAAUCAAAUGAUUAUUAGCUGACUUUUAAAAAAAUACUUUUAAUCAACCAAUGAAAUCACUUAUUUAUCUCAAUUUAUGUAAGCUAAUUGCACAAAUAUAGACUACACUUAAUUAUCAAACUAAAGUGUAUAUAUAAAUGUAACUUGGCUCCCACAUACCGGUCCCUAAUUUUACUCUUCACGAGGAACAAUUACCGGAUAUAUACAACAUGUGGAGCUUUAGAAAUUGAAGUCCUCCUGUGUAAGCAGUCUUCAUUGCUUGAUUUACCAUUUACCUUGGGGCUCAGAGGUUACUAGCAUGUGGCGCCUGUUGGAGGACAGUCUUUAUCACUGCCACAUUCAGCCUCCUGUUAGAGACAAAUCUUUGUGAUGGACCUAUCCAGUGUGCUGGUCUUGGUUUUAGUAUGGACCUGACAUACCAGUCCAAACUUGUCUUGGACUGUCUUGAGUCAUAGGAAAGGUCAUCUAGAGUUGUGUGGUGCUGAGUCGUCGACAAUCAACACAGUGUCUCCAAUGGCGAAGUUGUGAGAUGAAUGGAACCACUUGUGGCGUUCUUCUAGCUGUCGUAGAUAUUCUCUUGUCCAUCGUUUACAGAAUAUGUCUGCCAUGUACUGGAUCUUUUUCCACCUCCUGCAUGCAUAGAGAUCCUGCUUUGAAGUCCCUCAUCUACUUGUCAGCCUUGAGUGGAAAGUGAGUAGCAUUCAACUUUUUCCUCUUACAACACAGGCUCAGCAAAGUGCUCUUAACCUUAAGCAUCCAAGCGACUGCCUUCCUAAGGCAAAUCCAGGAAGAGAAGUACUGCAUGAACUCCAAUACUGCAUCCCUUUGAUCUUCAGGUGCAGUCACACUGACCAUGGCAUUCCUCACCUCUGCGUCCUCUGUGGUUAGGUUCCCAGGUUGGUCCGGUUUCUCAGACCAAUUUUCCAUAGGCUUGGAGAAAAAGUCCAGCCCCUGUAACAAAGUAUCGCUUUGGCUGAGUUUCUUUGCCUUGAGCCCCCUUGAUUCGUAGUCUGUAGGGUUUUGUGAAGUAUUAGCAUAUCUUCACGGAUAUGGUUUAGAGAUCUUCAAGAUGGUCUCUACUCAGUUAGCGACAAAAGUGCAGAAUCUGCUUGUUCUGUUUCUGAUAUACUUCAGCACAGUUGUGCUGUCUGACCAGAACACAGACUCUUGGAGCUUCAGCUGCAGUUCUGCUCUCAACAUCUUGUUCAUAUGGGCAGCCAUGGUGGCUGCGGUGAGCUCCAUGUGAGGGAUAGUCAUGGGCUUAAGUGGAGCCACUCUGGCCUUCCCCAUUUCCCCAUGUAAAACGCGCUGUGGACUGUGUUGCUGCUCUUCUUCUGUAGCAUGUAGCUAACUGUCCCAUAACCUUCUUCGCUAACAUCAGCAAAGUGGUGCAGUUGGCUGAGUACUGCUUCACCAAAGCCUAAACUAAAGAUCCCUGUCUGUGGUGGUGUAGCAGUCUAAGCAUCAGCUUUGUGUCGAUGCAGUUGCCCACUGGGGACCAGGGUUCGCGCCCCGGUCUCGUCAGAUCCGACUAUGGCCGGACUCGAUGAAUCAGCAAUAAUUGGUAACGCUGUCUUCGGGAGGGAGGCGGAGUCGGCUUGUGUUCGUCACAUGAAUGCAUCUCUGUGUGUGUUGGAAAAAGCAGUGGUUCAGCCUGGAUUCUCCUUGUCAUGAAAGUGGCAAGGCGUCUCCUUCGAGACUGCCGGCCAGAGAGAUGCAGUUGGCGAACGUAUACAGUACGAGGGUGGGUGUUUGAACAAAAUAGGGAGCAACUGGCCACUAAAUUAGGAGAAAAGGGGAAAAAUCAGAAAUAAAUUUAUUAAAAAAAAAGAAACUAAAGAGCUUUUCUGGACAUCUCCAGCUACUCGUCUUGCUCGCACUCAUGGAAGUCACUCUUGAACUGCUGACCCCAGAGUUCAUCCAGUUUGGCAACUAAUAUAUGGUUGGCUGAAACCUGUAUCAGCCCACUUGUUGGUCCAGGGCUUAACUUGUGUAUGUUAAUUUGAUGAGGAAAAACUUCCGCAGGACUCCGAUGUAAGAAAGGAUAAAACAAGUAUUUUCAUUCCACAACUUGUAGUAUCUACUUACAGGAAUAUUCAAAGUUAAGUUCUCCUAAUCAGCAAAAACUGUACUAUGGUAAGAAAACCAUGUGGCUCGGUCAUUACUUGAGCCUCAACUCAACAAAGAAACCAUGUCUUUUGCGGGUUUGCCUUCAUAAGCCCACGAGCCCUAUCUCUUAAAGCAACAAUAACCUAAAUCACCCUUUCAACAGAACGCUUACACAGUGUUGCUGUUUACAAAAUAUGCUUACAUCAACAUGAAGUAAAUCAAAUGAUUAUUAGCUGACUUUUAAAAAUUACUGUUAAUUAACCUAUUCAAUCAAAUCACUUAUUUAUCUCAGUUUAUGUAAGCUAAUUACACAAAUACAGACUGUGCUUAUUUAUCGCACUAAAACAUUUAAAAACAUAACUUGGCUCCCAUACUUGGAACAGUGGUGAAUCUUCCCAGGAGUGGCCGGCCAUCCAAAAUUCUUCCAAGGGAACAGCGACUACUCAUCCAGGAAGUCAAAAAUCCAGGAAAACAUCUAGAGAACUGCAGGCCUCUCUAGCCUUAGCUAAGGUCAUCGUUCAUGAUUCAACAAUAAGAAAGAGACUGAGCAAGAAUGGAAUUCAUUGGAAUUAAAUGGAAUUCAGUGCUAACUGAUAGAAACAUUACUGCUCACAUUUGUAAAAAAGGAAAUUCAUGAUCCCCCCAAACCUUUUGGGAUAAUGUUCUGUGGACAUGGGUCCUGUUAUGUCUGGCGUAAAGCAAGCACAGCAUUUCACGACAAGACCAUCAUACCAUCAGCCAAACGUGGUGGUAGUGUGAUGGUGUGGAGAUGCUUUGCUGCCUCAGUGCCUGGAAGAAUCACCAUCAUUGAAGGGACAAUGAAUUCUGUUCUGUACCAGAAAAUUCUGAAGGAGAAUGUCCAGUCAUCAGUUUGUGAUCUGAAGCUGAAGCGUAAUUGAUUUAUGCAGCAGGACAAUGAUCCAAAAUACAAACCGCAAGUCCACCUCAGAAUGGCUCAAAAGAAACAAAAGUAAAGUUUUGGAGUGUUCUAGUCAUAGUCCUGACUUGAACCCCAUCAAGAUGCUAUGCCAGGACCUUAAAUGAGCUAUUCAUGCUUGAAAACUCUCUAAUGUUUCUGAAUUACAGCAAUUCUGCAAAAAAGGAGAGCAAAAUUCCUCCACAGCGAUGUGAAAGACUGAUCUCCAAUUAUAGGAAGCAUUUGGUUGUAGUUUUUGCUGCUAAAGGUGGCACACCAUUUAAGUUCAGAGAGGUAAUUACUUUUUCACAUGGGUGAUUAUGGGUGUUGGAUAACUUCUUUUCCUUCAAUAAAUGAAAUGAUCAUUUAAAAACUGUAUUUUGUGUUUACUCGGCUUCUCCUCAUCUUAUAUUACAUUUUGUAUGAAGAUCUGAAUCCACUCAGUGAAAUAUAUGCAAACAUAGAGGAAUUCAGGAAGGGGGCAAAUACGUCUUCACAGUACUGUGGGGUGGGUAGGGGGAGAUUUUGAGAGAAGGAGGGACUAAAACAGAGAGAGAGGUGUACUUUGCUGGACCAGUGAAAUCAAAUGACCACAAUCGUUUCAUAUUACAGAAAGUUAUUUUAUUCACUGUUAAUAUCAAAAAUAUUGCUUAAUGCAGCUUUAAAUAAAAAAAAAAAAACUUCAGUCUUUAAGACCAAAGCCACGCCUCAUGACCCUCUGAGCAGAACAAGGGGUUUUGACACGUAAAAAUGUUUGUUUGUUUUUUUCCAGUUUAAAACCCUUUAACUGAUUAAUAAAUGAAGGAACCCUU